CCCUCGAGUAGGAGUUUGUUUCUCGAGUGUCAUCUUCAAACAAACCUCUCAUCAGCUCAAGUUUCAUGGUAAAGCUUGUGGUAUUUUCAACAAUACUUCUCUUCCAAAAUGCCCGACACAGACGAGGAGUGGAAGCAAUACCAGGUCUUCCGCGAAACGGCGGAUUCGGAGGAAGAAAUGGAGAAAAUACAUCGUGGAAAUCUCAACCAAAAUUUAGCUGGUCGGAGGACUGCCUCUGUGGAAAGACUAAAAGAGGAAACUCGCCUUGUACUUCUUGACUUUUUAGGCGCUUUACCACCUGAAAAACUAACAGCUAGGAAUCUUACGGUAUCUGAGCAUAGACCUGAGCGAUUAAAGCAGGCACUAAAGCUUUCAAAGAGCCCGAGCGAUGCUGCAUCCUAUGAAAAUAGACGACAAAAAUUUCAAAAUAUGGCCGCUCCACUGCGGCGAAAACUCUCAUUGAAUCUAAAACAAGAAAUUGAAAAUUUUGAUCGACGAAGUCAGCUGAGAAAAAGCCCCACUUCUCCGUGUGCCCCCAAGUUUCGAAAUCGUCCAAACAACCUGAACAUCCAGCCCCACUAUCCAGAGCACCACGUCCUACCCUCACCCGUCCUGUCUCCAGAGGGGAGAGUGGCAGCUAUGCUGGACAAGAUCGGCCAGGAAAUCAUGGAAUCUUACCCACACUUACUGGACGAAUCAAUGGAGAUCACAAAAGACUGGGAUUUGAGGUGUAUCACUUAUGAAGAUUUUCAGGCAGCCGCCCGUAAAGUCACACUUGAUAACAAGCUUGUGGGAUGGUCUAAGGUGGCGUUGCUUUGUUUCUUUGCACGGGAGAUUGCCAUGGAGUGUUCUGAAGAGUUAGAUGACAAGGAAUUGAUACAGCUGGCCGAGUAUACGGUCAGGUUUAUAGAGGAGACGACAGGGGAGUGGAUUGAGAGACAAGGUGGAUGGGCCGGGAUCGAGCUUGAAGAAGACAUAAUUCUGAACGCUGAGUCUCUCGCCGUGAAAUACCGCGAACACCACGAGAAUUCGCCCGAGGAGCGCAAGCUCAGGCAAGCCCGGCGUAUCAGCGGUCGGCGGUCUAAUAGAAACAGUGGUAUCAAUACGGACACUAGUUCGUGGAAUAACUGGGCCAAGUACGGUAUAGCGGCAAUCGCGGUAGGCAUGGGUGUCUGUUACUCCAUGAUAAGGCACUAGACCAUCAAGCCUAUACGAUUAGAUCGUGUAGUAUAGGGACAGUUUAACAGGCCCAUGAUAAGGCACUAGACCAUCAAGCCUAUACGAUUAGAUCGUGUAGUAUUGGGACAGUUUAACAGGCCCGUGAUAAGGCACUAGACCAUCAAGCCUAUACGAUUAGAUCGUGUAGUAUAGGGACAGUUUAACAGGCCCAUAAGGCACUAGACCAUCAAGCCUAUACGAUUAGAUCGUGUAGUAUAGGGGCAGUUUAACAGGCCCGUGAUAAGGCACUAGACCAUCAAGCCUAUACGAUUAGAUCGUGUAGUAUUGGGACAGUUUAACAGGCCCAUGAUAAGACACUAGACCCUCAGCCACUGUAAAGAGAGUAGCUGUGAUUAGUAGCUACUAUCGCGGUUUGUGAAGCCUACAUGAUUAGAUCGUGCAGCAUAGCUGUAUAGGGACAGUUUAACUGGGCCAAAUAUACUGUAGCAGCUAUUGCCGUAGAAAGGUGUGUCUGUUAUUCUAUAGUUAGGCACUGUAGACCCUUAGACAGAGUCAACGAAACAGCUUCUAUUGUAACCGUUUAAAUAAGCCAAAUAUAUAGUGGCUAAGAGUCCGUUUUUUAAGAAUUAUUGCCCAAUUACUUGAGAAGCAACCGGAUAUAAAUUGGGUAUUCAGGCAUAAUGGUUCUGAAAAGGUUUUUUGUUAAAUGUGCUAGAGUGUGUUCUAUUUAUUUUAUUUAAUAAUACACCAAAAACUGGAAUCCGACUCUGCCAAGUUUUCGUCAGGGCAGACUACAUACGUAUACGUAAUACGUACGUACGUAAGACGAAAAUUUGGCAGAGUCGAAUUCCAGUUUUUUUGGUGUAUUGAUUCAUUCUUCUGGUUCGCGAACACGACUAUUUGGUCUUUUUGUAUUUUAUUUAAUAAAUAUAUUAUUCGAAUACCAUAUCGCGACCUGAAAUCUAUAGGAAACUAUAGCUGUCGAGAUUCCAUGGGACAAGUUUUGCGCUCAGAGAUCUUUGCGUUCCACUACUUGAUUUUGUGCUUUUGUUUCUACACACAUCCCCUUAAUUUUCCCGUGUUUUUCACGCACAAUGUAAACUCAACUCAGGGCAAAAGUUUCGGAACUCGAUCACCCUGCUGCGCAGGAGUGAUAAAUACCGCAAGGACAAAUUAUGACAAAGUAUAGCUAGUGUAAGAUAAACAAAUUAUGACAAAGUAGCUAGUGUAAGAUAAACAGCCGAUCCUGCUGAUCCACCGAGAUAUGUCAGUGGCUAUGAAGCUAAUGUGCUAAAAUUAUUAAAAAAAUAUUCUGAAAAGUGAUAGCUAUUUAAACAUAAUUAGCAGUCAAACUGCCUUUGUACAUAGAGUUAUUUUGGUGGAAAUAAAGUCAAUAUCCUUCAA